AUGCACGCGAUCCUGCAUUCUCCGGCAGAGACGCAGGAGCGAAAACAAUAUGAGGAAGUGCUGCCGACGAGGCAAUUGGACAGCCAAAAAGAGCUGCGAUCUCUGGUGCCCUGAGGCGACGAGCCGGAAGUAAACGCCAAAUGGCCCAAAUCGCUUUCUUUUCGAAGCUCCAGGAGCCGAAAGCUCGUUAAUUCGUUUCGAAACUUCGAAUUGAUCAAUAGAAAGUCUCCGUUAGUUGUGGCGAGUUUCCAAAAGUUUUAAGCUACAAUUACUAACGCUGUCUUUCCAUUUUUCGAUCUAUUGAAGGGCAUCUGACCUAUUUAAAAAAGCUCGAAAACUGAGACAUAGUUUGAGAGUUUUGAAAUAUUUUCCACUUUUUCUUUUUUAUCGCUGGCUCGAAGCGAACCACUAAAAAAAAAUUCUUGAAAAUUUUUUCACACACUUUUUUUCGAUAUCUGUAGCAGCAUUCAAUCCAAAAUCGUUACCAAAAAAACGUCAUAUUUCAUUUUUAUGUUUCGUUUACAGCUACUUGUUUCAUUCGUUAUCGUAAAGCAACAGAAAAGUUGGAAGGUGUAGCUAUAUUUUUUAGUUGACGAGAGAAUGUAAUCUGGCGGUCCCUACAUUUUCCAUUCAAAUCGAGUUUUUGUUUGUUUCCGUGCUACAAUAAAGGCCACUUUUCCGCGCAAACUAUAGUAGAAUAAUUAAAUCCCGAAAUCCCCUCGGGCACAUAAAUAGAUGCGGAAGAGGAAGUGCCUGCGGCAUCUGUCAAAGUACGUACACGGACUGCGGCCUUUUUUCGAUUCCAUCUGACACAAGAAUGGCUCGUUAGGUUACUUUUCAUAGAUUACGAUUCAAAAGUAGCCAUCAAAAAUUUUGAAAUACUCCUAAAUUACUGCAAGAAAAAUUUGAAAAAAUGUUUAGGAAAGUAUUUUUUGAUGGUAGAACUAGAAAAUAGCAUGGAAAGUUCCAAUCUGGACCAUUUUCGAUGGAAUUCUCGAGCUGACUGGUUUGUGUAGUGUUGUCAGUGUGACGCAAGUUCUAAUCCGCUCGCUGCAGAUUAGAUUCAAAACUUCAUUGUACGAUGAUUUAUUCCUUUAGAAAACGUUUUUCAUAGUUACGUCAGCAGUUUCCUUGCACUGAACUAAUUUCUUUUGUUUAAAUCAAAAUUACAAUGAGCCAAACGUGUCUUCAGCUUUUGCUCAUAAUGUUUUUUUCAAAGAAAUGACCAUUUUGAAACUAAAACAAGGAAUAUAUUGACUUUCCACUUUUAAUAUACAAAACACACUUAUCGGAACGCCUAGUGAGCAAAGGAAACUUUCGAUUGCGGUGAGACUUUAGUAGAGCUUUUUUUAUUAACCUUGUUGUUAAAUUCUGCAAAAAAAAGGAGAUCAAAGCGGCCGUUUUAUUUUCAUAUGGUAGUAUGAGAGAACAGAAAAAGGGAUAAAUGUGCAGGAGAGAGCACAAUAAACACAACGCGGAAGCUACUCCGUUGUCCGGAAAUUGCCUGCGAGCUGACCCUGAAUGGGCGGAGCCUCCAGCCACCUUUUUGCAAGUUUUACUGAUUGCAAAUAGACAGAACUAUUUUCUCGGCAUACGACUAAAAGAAGACUCCUACUAGCACAUAAGGAAUCGAGAUAAUUGGAAGUUUGCGUCUUUCGAAACAUUACACCCUGCGGUAGAGCGACUGAAGUUAACGACCUCGCGACACUUCCGCAUUUUCAGGAUCAAAAACCUUUUCUGCAGCAGAAAAGCUGGAUGGAGAACGAAAUUUCAACAAAUUGAAGGAAAAGCGGAACUUCAUGAAAAAAAACCUAUUCUCGAGGAAGAAAACCUGUUACAGCUUUUUUUGAGGGGUGCAAGAACUUUUUCCUAUACCAAAUUCCAAAUCAUUCUUCAACGGUAGUUGCACCUUUUCUGAACGUUGGGAACAAUUUUGAAAUAGAUAAAAAUGAUUUAAACGGCUCUGUUAGUUCGCAAAGGGAUGAAAGACAAGACUUCGCUAUAAAUGGGAAGGGAGGUACUUUUUUUCCUAGGUUCUACCGGAAGACCUUAAAAAGAAGGAUUCUUGCAAAGUUUACAAUUGAGAAAAUGAAAUUAGAAGAACUCGAAACAGAAGACGGAUAAUCUGGUUGGCCGGAGUACAAGGAGGGAAGGGCACCCAGAUGGACUCGGCGAAAAAAGCGUCUCCGGCCGUCGGUGCUCUCCGCCCCUGACGGGCUCUCUCGACACUUCCGCGUUUGCCGACGGCACUUCCUCCUCUGCCCAAAACACUCUUCAAACCAACCAAAACAACGUUCAAAUACGGCUACUGUCGCCAUUGCGAAAAAUUGAACGUUAA